AUGCAUGCCACUCCUGGGGCCUGGAGGGCCAUCUUGGAGCCUCUCGUGGCCGCCUGGUGCGCCGCGGCCCCCGGCGUCGCGCGCGCCCUCGACCUGGGCAGCGCGGAGGAGCUCCCUGCGAGGCAGGCGACGGGCACGAGGGACUUCGCCGCCGCCGUGGCGGCGUACAACACCAGGGCUGGCGACGCGGCGCACCCCCUGCAGGUCUCGCUGGCGCAGGGGGAGCGGAGCAGGCAGAAGGACUUGAUGCGACCCGUCAUGGACGUCCUCUGCGCGCGGGCCAAGGCCGACCUGGACGACCGCGCGCUCGGCCGCCUCCAGUCCUGCGGAGGCCCAGGAGCAGGGGCCUUCACGCUGCUGCCCACGGCGCCAGAGCACCGGAUGGCGCCCGACCUCUACCAACUGUCCCUGCGACGUCGCCUCCUCAUGGAGGGUCCGCGGCUGCUGAAGGACCCUGCAUCGCAGACGCAGUGUCAAAACAGAUCCCGCGAGGGAGUGGUUUGCGGAGCGUUGCAUGAGCCCGACCAGCACCACGCCAUCGCGUGCGAGACUGGCCCUGCCCGCACCUGGCGGCACGACCGGAUCCGCGACUUGCUGGCGCGCUGGCUGGCCAGGAGGGUCGCUGGCUCAGUGCGGACUGAGCAGACCGUGCCGCAAUGGACCCAGCGGCGCUGUGACCCCGCGACCGGCCAGGACCGCAUGGAGGUGGCGGUGCUGGAUGUCCAGUGUGUUGAGAAGGGCACCUGGCACGUCGUCGACGUCGUUGUCACGAGCCCCGACUCCGCCGAGCUGCGCGAGGAGCGUGCCAGAGCGACCCACGCGGGCCUGGCCGUCGAGGACGCGGAGCGGGGUAAGCACCGGCGCUACCCCCCAGGGCCAAACACGCCGCUCCUGACGCCCUUCGCGGUGAAGACAGGAGGCCGGCUUGGCCAGGCCGCCAGGCAGCUGGUCCUUGACCACCUGGACCGCGCGGAGGGCCUGGCGGGCGCCAGCGCUGACGCCACAGCCUCCUGGCAGGAGCUCCCGGCCACCCUGCAAACAGCGGUGGCCGAGCAAAUCCUGGCAGCCCAUCGGCCAGCCCACCGGCCGGCGGCUGCAGGCAGACGCCGCUGA